CGAGGGGGCUGGAAUGCGCCCCAGAUAGUCCCACCGAUAACCCAAGGAAGCAGAGCUCGGCUCAAAGGGUAUAUAAGGCCGGCUGGGGAGAAGCAGGCAGCACAGGACACAGCAGAGCAGGGACGAAGCGAAGCCAGAGAUCUCUCGAAAAGGACAUCGUCUCCAGAGCGAGAAAGCGAAACACACCUUCUCCAAGCAUGUACACCCAGGGCUCGACCGCAGUCACUUUCGUCUUGCUGUUCCUCCUCUGCUUCCAGCACCCCAUGGCCCACCCCAUCGACAGCCUCAGCCCCGCCAAGGAGCUAGCCAGCAUGGAGGCCCUUCUGCAGAGGCUGGAGGAGAAAGUCUCCCUGAUGGAAGAUCUGCAGAACAGCCCCAACCUAGAAGAUCCUGAAAGCCAGAGGGAGGGACUGGCCGAGUUCCUGGAUGAUGGCAACAGCCAGCAAGUCGAGACCCCGGCCUAUUCAGCCCCGUUCCUCUCCGACCGCAGCUCCCUGCUUAAGCGCAUGCGGGGAAUCCAGACAGCAAAGAGCUGUUUCGGGAGGAGACUGGACCGGAUCGGGGAAGUGACUGCGAUGGGAUGCAGAGGGUCGAGGAGGAAUUAAGAUCCGCUUUCCUGCCGUCAGCUCACCGCAUCCGACCUUUUGACGACAUGUGAAUUUCUGAAGACGUGUGCUUUCUCCAAAAAUUCCUCUGGAAUCAUGCUUCCCGCUUAUUUAUUUCUUAAUUUAUUGAUUUAUUUAUUUCUUUGACCUCUUGUAUGUUUGUGUUUUCUUUUUUUUCUUUUCUUUUUUCUAAAACAAACAAACUUUCUUACUUUCGGCACAGAGAUUGAAACAAUAAAAAUCAAACACAUUUGCUCUUUU